UUUGGCUGUGCAGGCAUGAUGGGAGUUGUAGUUUUGCAACAGCUGGAGGCAUAUGAUCGUAGUCCCCCUGUAUUAGAUACACACACACUGACAUAAUUUAUUCAUACACAUGCACAUUACCUAGACAAAACAGAUUUACACACAUACAAAUAUAUCCACACACAUAUACACAAGCAGGGACCCUUACGUUUUAAACAAAAAAUCCUCCAUUUAGUCCCCAUCUUCAGUCACCAGCGUCUUUCAUCAUCUGCUCACAGGCAGCAGUGUACUCCCGCCCCUCCCCCCUUCUUCUCACAGAGGAGACUGUGAAGUAAACACAGACAGUGAGGGAGCCGAUCACAGCAGCUUUAGAUCUGCAGACCUGUCAAUCAUGAAGUGGGUCCAUGAUGUAGGUGAUGACGAGUGGACACAGCCAGGCUGAAAAUUAAACUAAAUGUAGAACUGAAGAAGCCAAAAUGAAGAUGAAGGAUCGAAGUAAAGACAGAAAACUUUAAGAAAGGGUAUUAUGGAGAUCGGUGGACUACCACUUGAACUCUGGCGUUUGAUUUUAGCAUAUUUGCCUUUGCGGGAUCUCGGACGAUGUGGCUUGGUCUGCAGGUCUUGGUAUGACCUUAUAAUUAGUCUGGACAAUACUAGAUGGCGACAACUAUGCUUGGGGUGUGCAGAAUGUAGGCAUCCCAAUUGGCCCAUCCAGCCUGAAGUAGAGCCAAAGUCAUGGAGGGAAGCUUUCAAGCAGCAUUAUGUAGCCUCCAGAACCUGGACAAAGAACACUCAGGACCUGGAAUCCUCUAACUGUUUAUAUCUGUUUAAGAGAAAGAAGGAUAGAAGGGUUCUCUAUGUUGGCUAUGGGUGUGAGUUUGAGAACCUCAGGACUGCCUUAGCAUCAGCUAACGUUUAUGAUCGUAUAAUGCUCCAGCCAGGUGUCUAUGAAGAGCAAAAUGAGAUUAUUCUGAAAGUUCCUGUAGAGAUCAUGGGCCAAGGAAAACUUGGAGAUGUCGCUUUACUUGUCUGCGUUGACCAGCAGUGCCCAACCUCUCGACUAUGCAACUUGGUUUUUAUGCCUGCUUGGUUUACACCAGUAAUGUAUAAGACAUCCAUUGGUUACGUCCAGUUUGACAACUGCAACUUUGAGAAUGGGCAGUUACAGAUCCACGCGCCUGGGAUGUGCCAGAUAAAAUUUUGCACUUUUAACCAGUCUAGCAUACAUUUCCACAAUGUGGCCCUCAGUGUGCUGGAGAACUGUGAAUUUGUUAACAGUGAAAAUGCCUCGGUGACUGUGGAGGGCUCACCCACUUCUGACAAAAAUUGGGCUUGUAAGCAUCUCUCAUCCUCUACUAAAUCACGGACCUUGCUGUACACCGCUUCAGAGCCUUCUUUGUCUGGGAAUACAGAUUUAUCAGCUACUGGGUUACCUAGUGCAAAUAUGAGGACAUGUGAGAUCUUAGUUAAUGGAGAUCAAAGCCAUUCACAUCCUCAAUCCAAAUCCCAGAUAGCGGAGGAUAACACUACUGACAAAGAGAAUGAACUGAAUGGAAACUUUUACAUGGGUAAAGAUGGGGAGGCCACGACUCUGGAUACAGAUUAUAGUGACAGUGAACUGAGCACGGUCAGUGAGAACGAAGAUGAUGACCAGUCGGUGUACAAAUUAUCAUAUCAUUCUCAUGGACUGAGUCACAUGCUAGCUAAAUCUAUACACUGCAGGCCACAGACUAAUGGGCUCCUCGCUUUACAGAGUGACAUGGCUUUGAAAAGUUUGCAACAAGAGUUACAAAGGGACAAGGAAUUGCAAUCUGUUGCCAACUCAAUUCAAGGAUGUCUUGUAUGGAAGUGCCUUUUCAGAGAUGGCAAGGGUGGCGUCUUCAUUUGCUCACAAGGACAAGCAAGACUAGAAGGUUGUAUAUUCAGGGACUUGACCUAUGCAGUAAGGUGCAUUCAAAAUAGCAAGAUUGUUAUGUUGAAGAAUGACAUACACCACUGUAAAGCAUCAGGAGUUUUUCUGCGUCUAGCAGCUGGAGGGCUCAUAGCGGACAACAACAUCCAUUCCAACACAGAAGCAGGAGUGGAUAUCCGCAAAGGAGCCAAUCCUAUUAUACUGUGUAACAGGAUACACAGUGGCCUCCGCUCUGGCAUUGUUGUCCUAGGCAACGGGAAAGGCAGCAUCCGCAGCAAUCAGAUCUAUGGAAAUAAAGAAGCCGGCAUUUAUAUAUUGUACAAUGGGAACCCUGUGGUGAGUGGAAAUCAUAUAUUUCAAGGCCUGGCUGCUGGCAUUGCAGUGAAUGAAAACGGAAGAGGCCAGAUCACAGAAAAUGUUAUUCGUGAAAACCAGUGGGGUGGAGUGGACAUCCGAAGAGGUGGGGACCCAGUUCUCAGAAGUAACCUUAUAUGCUGUGGCUAUUCUGACGGAGUGGUGGUGGGAGAGCGAGGCAAAGGACUUAUUGAAGGAAACACCAUAUAUGGUAAUAAAGGCUGUGGAGUGUGGAUCAUGUCCUCAAGCCUUCCGCACAUUACUAGCAACCAGAUUGGUCACAAUAGCAUCUAUGGAGUAGCUGUUUUCUGUCGGAAAGAUGAUGCCAGUGACUAUGUUGCUAACCAGGCCGGUAACGAAAAUUUUAAUGACGAAGGAGAAGCAGCCAGUUGGGAGAAUGAUUUAGAUAGUGAAGAUGAUCGCUUCUCAUCACGGAGGCCGAUAAAUGUAGCACUUAUUGAGUCCAACAGUAUUAACCAUAAUGGAGCUGCUGGGCUGUACAUUAAGAGCAGUGAAGCACUCAAUAUUAUAGCUAAUGCCAUACAUGCCAACCAUGACAGCGGAGUGGCUGUAUUUCAGAGCACUCAGCUUGUACGCAUUGGAAAUAACAGCAUCUCCUGUAACAGACUAAGCGGUGUCCACGUGGAAACAGGCUGCAGAGUGGAGUUACGGGGAAAUGGCAUCUAUGACAACAGAAGUCACGGCAUUAUCUCCAAGGGAGAUGGGACCAUCGUAGAGAAUGAUAUUAUAGGAAACCGUGGUUGUGGGCUACAGCUGGUACAGACUGCUGACAUGAAGGUGACCAGGAAUAGGAUUCAGUCUCUUCAUGGCUACGGCAUUGCUCUUCUAGAUCAAACCAAAAGCCUUGUACAGGAAAACCUCAUAUUUCAAGGAAAAUCAGGACAAAACAUAUUGCAACAGGUGUCUAACAAUGAAGACUGCAUCGUCCAGCAUAACAAACUGCUCACCUACAAGAAAAAGCCAGAUGUUACAUGGAAGUUAGAAAAUCCACCUCCAAGGCCAUAUAUUGAAGGAUGUACAAGAGGCGUCUCCAGCACUCAGAGUAGUCAGAGGGUUGCUACUGUCACAACCAGGAUUGCAGCAAGAGUAGAAGGGCGCUGUCACAAUAAUGGCAGCAUCUUCUGUACUAUCCUUUGACUAGAAGAUACUAAUGUUUCAUUUCACUGACCACUGGAACUGCUUACAUCAUUAUUAUUACGUCAGUUACUUAACAUCUGGACAAUCUACUAGUUGGAAGAGAUGAGGUCCUACCAAAGUACAUCCUUAUGUGUGUUAGAUGCAGCACUCCUCCAUUUCCAUGCUAGUUACUGGCUGCAUUAUUUACCUGGAGGCUUUAAUAAUAAGUUCUAUGAUCUGCUCAACAGCAACAGAUAUGGCACUUUACCUGCUUCAUAAGCCAAGAUCAGCUAAAUUUGAAUCCAACAUAUUUAUUAUGGACCAUUUGUAGAGUGAACAUAAAUAGCACAUAACAUUGUGGUGUCAGGUGUCCAUUGGCUUUUGCUUUGCAGACAUAUAGCAGAUGCACAGACAUGUAUUUCACUUUAGAUGUGCUAACCUUGCUUUUUGUCAGAUGUCAAUCACUCACUAUGUUAACCCUAAAUAUAACUAGUGUUAUAGUUUACAUGUAUGCUAGAUUACAGAGACCACUUAUUUACAGGACGUUUAAUCACGAACACUUGCUGAAUAUCUCAGUUGAUAAUUAAUACUUGGGCAGAAAAUAUUAUUAAUCGCAGGGUCAUACACGUGCCAUACAGAGUUAGAUUUUAUUGUUUUUGUAUUAUACUUUUUGGGGUUAAAAUAUAAAGUCUUUUUACAGUUUCAUUUUGUUGGUACUGUUAUUUAAAUAGCAUGAAGAUGCAUGGAAUGAGGCCUUUCACAGGAGUGUACCACUGAUAUAUUUAAGGUAUGACAUUUCAUUCAGUUAGGUACUAUUCAAUCUUCUAUGCCUUACAUAUUGAGAUCAUGUUUGUCAACCAAGUCUGCAAAUAAAAUAUACUAAGGGCAGACAAUUAUGUCUAGAAGUAAUAGUAAAUCAUGAUGCUACAGCACUUUAACAACCUUAUUUCUCAUAAUCCAUAAGAGAAGAAACUCCAGCGCAGUGUGAUUUUACCACACAACUUGCUUCUUUAUUUAUUCACCAUUAAAACUAUCAACACAUGGAACACACAGUGUAUCUGAC